AGUUGCCCAAAAAAUUUUACGCUAGGGUUUUUACAGUAUAUAAAUAGGUAGGGCAGAGAUUCUAGGAGUAUUAUCCAGUCUCUGGGUAGGGUGUGUCUGCAAUGUCAAUAAAAAAAAGCUGUGGGUGUGUAAGGAAUGUUCUUAUUCACUAGAAAGUGCACUUGCUUUUUAUUUAACAGUUGACGUUUGGGGGCAGGCUAAAGAGCUCACCAUUCCAAUGGCCCAGUUGGAAAAGAUUGAGCCAUCUCAACCUGAGUGAGAACCUUCCUUGUGUUAAUGAAGGCUGGACACAAACACUCAUGAGUAGAAAAAAACAACAACUUUUUCAUGGGGUUUACUGCCAUAGGCCUGCUAUGCAUAUUUGAUUGGAGUUUUAGACUGCUUUUUGAUUAACUCCAGAGCGAUGGUCUCAUCCAUCUCUGUGCGCAGCGAAUGCCACAAGAACUUUAUUUAUGAAAUGAUAGAAUUGUGAUUACAUAAAAUCCGACAUCUACCUUUUUUAUCUAGAUAGUUUGCAACAUAUAGCCUACGCUGGUAUGUCUGCUACUAAUUAUCGAAUGGCCUCAGGCGCACAUGGGUAGUGCAAUCUAUCGCUCAUAAGUUUGGAAACUUUUAUCUUCUGUUGUAUACGAGACUUGUAUUUUGACACCGAUAGAAAAAGAAAACCAUCAGUGACCCGGAUGUUGAAUUCAUCGCAGGGGUCACAGUGCAACAAAAGCCUUUUCAAAAGCUUUGUGUAUUAUAUGAAAUUAUCACAAGCAGAUUUUGGCAAACUGGACUGAAAGGAAUUUGUAAAUAAACGGUCACUAUUGAUACACAUAGAGUAUAUUUACUGGGUGGGUUAUAGAUAACAUAAAAGCCUGCAUGAAACUGCACAGGCAAAAUGUCAGGAGUCAUAUUCCAACGUCGGCUAACUAGCUAGCAUGACUGGUAGCUUGCCUAGAUUAUUCAGAACAUAGUACACAUACUCUAAUUUUAUCUUACACAACCGUACUGCCGAAAAUUGCGUGGACUUGGGAAGUGUUAAUGUUGCUUUUAUGGCGUCUGGUUUGUCCGCCCGACUGUUGAAAAAACUUCACCUGCAUCUUUACUCAACUCCUUACCACUGUUUGACAGCUUCUCUGGUCUGUGCGAAUCUCACAUUUAUGACUACGCCGGACGAUAUCGAACCGGCAAGAAAGAAAGUGAGACUCGCGACUACCUCACCUGAAAGUGUCAACAAAGCACCAUUCUAUUCGCAGCCACUCAACACAUUGCGAGAGAGCAACCAAGACAGAGUUGGAGCCGACAAAGUUCUUCCUACAGGGGGAACGCGCAUGGACCCAUUCACCACCAGCGGACCGGAGCGAUUCCACGGACCCACAGCGCGGAACCAAGUUGCCCGCAGAGGGAAGCGCUUUCAGCACCAGCGACCCAACCUUCUGGACCAGUGGCUGGUGGUGAAAAGACGCAACUCAUCUUCCUCUCCAGAGCCCAUGGAGCAGCCAGCGGACACCGACGCCGACAACAUGGACGCUCAAUCCGAGACGGAGGCGAUGGGCAUUGACGAUUUGUUCUCAGACAGCCCUGUAGUCGGACAUGUAGAGGAAAGCGAAGAGGCUGAUGACGUUGAGGUCCAGUCACCUGGUCCGCACACUGAGGAUGCUGCUGCUGAUGCUACUGUUGUUGCUGCUGCUGCUGCUGCUGUUGCUGCUGCUGCUGCUGCUGUUGCUGCUGACGAUGAGGCUCUUGCAUCAGGCCCAGGCCAGAGGGCAGUGAAAGACCCUCUGAAGGAGUUGCAGAGCAGGAAAUCUAAGAAGAAAGAAGAAAAGAGGAAGAAGGCGGGAGGCCGGAUCACAGACUACUACCCCAAGCCUGGACCAUCAGCAGCUGGUUCCUCAAGUGACCACAGCCCCAGACGGAACGUUCACCGGGAUGCGGUCAGCGACAGUGGGAGCGAGGGGGCCUCGGAUCAGGACGACGAUGGCACCUCUCGGGGGGUUCCCAUUUCCGACAUGAGGACGACCCCGAGUUGCAGUGCCCCACUGCCCCCUCUCAAGGCCCAGGACAACCACACCGUCACCAUUAGGACGGACCUCCUGCAGGCUGGCUCUCUGCCGGUGCCGUACCCCACCCACUACAAGGACGCCUGGGACGAUGUUCACGUCAAGAUGCCAUGCUCGGACCAGAACCUCUUCCCAGACGGGGACCGAGUGCGAAGCAGGUGGGCACUGAUUGAGGAAACCCUUCGCCAGCCAUUCCAGUCCUCCGAGGAUCUCAAGGAAGCCAUUUUGACGUACAACGCAACUCAUGCCAAGAAAUGGGACUUCACUGCUCUGCAUGAGUUUGUUAAGCGGCUGUCGUCUGAGGAGGAGGAAGAGUUGCUAGGAAACCUGCUGCCCAAGAUGGCCGAAUUAGCCCUGAGUGCACCAAAACUCAUAACACAGCCUCUCCCCCUGUUGAAAGCUGGCUGCAGCCACUCGGUGACGCUCUCCCAGCAGCAGCUGGCCUGCCUGUUGGCCAACGCCUUCUUCUGCACCUUCCCCCGACGCAACUCCAGCAGGAAGUUCGAAGCCGAGUACUCCAACUACCCCGACAUCAACUUCUGCAGAUUGUUUGAAGGCCACUCACCAAGGAAAUUGGAGAAACUGAGAACAAUCUUCUGCUAUUUCAAACGAGUCACCGAAAACCCGCCCACUGGAUUGGUGACAUUCACUAGAGAAACCAUGGACAACUUUCCAGACUGGAGCAAGUCCAAGAAGGCUCUCACUCGUCUCCACAUCACUCAUCAGGGCACGAUAGAGGACCAGGGCAUCGGGAUGCUGCAGGUGGACUUUGCCAACAGGUUUGUUGGAGGUGGUGUGACGGCGGGUGGUCUGGUCCAGGAGGAGAUCCGCUUCCUCAUAAACCCCGAGCUCAUCAUUUCACGCCUCUUCACCGAAUCCCUACAGCCCAACGAGUGUCUUAUCAUCACUGGCUCUGAGCAGUUCAGUCAGUACAAAGGUUACGCAGAGACGUACAGAUGGGCUGGACCUUUCGUUGACCAAACCCCCAGAGAUCGGUGGCAGAGGCUGGACACAGAGAUUGUCGCCAUAGAUGCCACAAGGUUCCGGAGUUUUCUGGAACAGUUCCGACCGGACAGGAUGAUUCGAGAGAUGAACAAGGCCUACUGUGGGUUUGCGCGUCCUGGCGUCCCGAGUGAGAACCUGUCAGCGGUUGCCACAGGCAACUGGGGCUGUGGAGCGUUUGGAGGAGACACGCGACUUAAAGCUCUUCUUCAGAUGCUGGCUGCUGCUGAGGCGGGUCGAGACCUGGUCUACUUCACCUUUGGAGACUCACAGCUCAUGAAAGAUGUCUACAACAUGCACACACUCCUCACCAAGAACAACGUCACCGUGGGCGAUGUGUUCAGUUUGCUGGAGGACUACUAUGAUAACUAUGGCGACAGCGUGGGCCCCCAGCCCAAAGUCAAACUCUACGCCUUCAUGGAGAACGCCUGCAGCGAAUAGCCUCUGACCUCUCAGCCCUUCUCACUCAGUGCCAGCUAAUAGCCAAUCCCUUGCUCUCCUUUCAGUACAGUCUUUCUCUUUUCUCUUUCUUUAUAUACUGUAUCUCCUUUUCUCUCUCUCUUUCUCUCUCUCUCUCCCCCUCGCUCCCUUUUUGUUUCAUAUAUCUCUUUCUCUCUCUGCAUCUCUUGCCCUCUUUUUAUCCAUAUCAAUAUUUUACCCUUUCUUUUCUGUUCUCUCUUUCUCUAUUUAUAUCUUCCUCCCUCAGUAUUGCUCUCUCUCUCUCUCUCUCUCUCUUUCUCUCUCUCUCUCUCUCUCUCUCUCUCUCUCUCUCUCUCUCUCUCUCUCUCUCUCUCUCUCUCUCCCCAGCCUAAGCCUCAGCAGAGAUUGUUUGCCUCAGAAUUUGUCAACAAUACACCGCCACAAUAUAUUAACUAUAUUAUAUAAUCUUGUUGUAACGCAUACAUGACCUUGAAGAAAGCCUCUUUUUUCCAGAAGUAUGAAUGAUAAAAUAAAGAUGUUGAGAUUGAAGUGCUUUGUAUUGUAUGUCCGGAGUUGGAUGGGAUUAUGUUUUGCGUUGUGUGGGCACUUAGGCUAAUUUAUUUGGUUGUCAUCCAAGCAGGGCUGAAAUGGAUGGUGGUAGAUGUCUCUCUUUCUCUCUCUCUCUCUCUCUCUCUCUCUCUCUCUUCUUUCUCUCUCUCUCUCUCUCUCUCUCUCUCUCUCUCUCUCUCUCUCUCUCUCUCUCUCUCUACAUGUGGUGUUGGGUGAUACUUGAUACUUGGGUGACUGGAUGAGAAGAUGGGGUUGAAAGAGAUGUUAAUCGAAAGAGAUUGUUUUUUUGUGUGUUUCGUUUGUGUUUUGUUUGUGUUUACGUUGUUGCUGUUGGAUGACACUUGGGCAAAUGGAUGAGAAGAUGGGGGUUGAAGGAGAUGUUGAAAGUGAUAUUUUUGUUUGUAUAGUUUUUAUCUGUCUGUUUUUUGUUUUGUUUUAUUUUGUUCCUUCCUGGAAAGAAGAAAGAGAUGGCCUGAUUUUGUUUGUCUUGUUUUUUUUGUUGUUGUGUGGGAUUGAGGUACUUACUACCUGAAAAUUACAGUGUCCUUAAUAUGCAUUAAGAACAAAGACGUUGGUCAUCCCGUCUUGGGCGUUCUCUCUGUCUGUGUCUGCGUUGAACUCGUUCUUUUAUUCUGCCCCCUUGCAUUACAUGCAUUGUUUGUCAAUCCUCUGCCAGUUUCUCUCUCUGUCUCACUCACUCUCUCUCUCUCUCUCUCUCUCUCUCUCUCUCUCUCUCUCUCUCUAGUUCGUUCUUUCCCUUGCCGCAUAAUUGAAUUGCCCGCUUCAGACCCAGUAAAAGGGGUGUAAUGAAUUGCAGCAAUAUUUUUAAAAGGCCAUCAUAAAACCACAGCAGACCAGACCAGAGUCGUGUCGUUGGGCCCAGCCCCGCCCCGCACCACAGUACUCUCAUCCCAAUUCAUUUCCGUCCUCCUCUCCUUUCCUUCCCUCCCUACCCCCUUCCGUUCCCCCCUGUCACAGCCCACUAAGUGCUUAGUCUGCAUAUUGUACGGUCAUGAAUUGCUUUUGUGUUCGUUAGGUUAGUGUCGUAGGACAUCGGGUAACUUCGAAGGGUGGUGGUGAUGGUAUAAGUGGAUGACUGUAAAGAUAUCAUUAAACAAUGAGGCUUAUGAUUGGAAAAUGACUUAGUGUCCCCUUAUACAUGCUCUUGGGUUAGAGUAGUAGACCAUCAGGUAUCUUCGGAGGGUGGUGCUAAUGUUGGAAGUGGAAAUAUACUCGUGUAGGAUGGGCCUUAUGAUUGGAGAGAGAAAAAAAGGAAGCCAGUACUCACCAUUGGAAAGGAGAAGCUGCCUUAAAGCAUAGUCGCAAUAACGGGAAAGGUGCAUUUGAAAGGAUAGGAUUUUGACAUUUUGGCCAGAUAUGGACAGAUGCCUUUACGAGAGAGGGUUUGUUUAUUUAAAAACCAUGUUUAAAGGGGUGGGGUUUAUGUUUGUAAAGAUGCCUUUAAGAGAAAGAUUGCUGUGAAGGACUCUAGAGGAACCUUUAAAGCCAGUGAGGUUCAUGACAGCAAAGGAAUUUAUGAAAUGGGUGAGGUUUGUGAUCGCAAAUCAUCCCUUUAAGGUGCACUGAGUAGGAUGGUGGCCAGAGUAGGUAUUGCAACUAUGCUGUUCAUUUAAACAGCUGUCUAUUGCCAAAUUUCAUAUUUUCACGAAUAUGGUGACAGUGGUAAGUAUUCAUGAAAAAGGUAACAUUUGUGAAUGGGCAGCUUGAAUUCUGGAACAAAACUGCUAAACAUCAUCCAGUGUGAUGUAAAUGUCCAGUGUGUGUAUUUUUUUCAGAAGGUUGUUUCCAGAGUCUAUGCUACCAACCCAUUCACAAUCUUUUUCAUAAAUAUUUACCACCAUCAAUUUUUAAGUUUAAAUUGUCAUACAUGAAUUGGAAGCUUUACAAAUUUUGGAAAUACACAUCGGGCCUUUAAAUUGUCAGGCUUGUGACAAAGCAACCUUUACAUCAUUUUAAGAAUUGGGUUCAUGACUGCAAAAAUGUCUUUAAAGGGUGAAGGUUAAUGUUUGCAAUGGUUCAACGGUUAUCUAGUGUAAUAUGUGUGAAGUGAACUCAUUGUCUUGUGGUGAAUGUUAGGACUGAGGUUGUUUAAACACACAUCAGCAAAUGUGUUUUUUUGUUUGUUUGUUUGUUUGUUUGUUUAAAGCAAGCUGAAAUAUAUUUUUGAAGAUACGGAAUAGCGAAGUGCACUACACUUCUUUCUUUUCCUUUUUAAAAUUUCUUUUAAGAAAAUUGUAAGGAAAUCUAUUUUUUACAAUUAUAAUAAUGGGGUUGCUAUUGUGGCUGUGAUUAUUUUUUUGUUAUUGUUUUUUUUUUUUUGCUUUAAAAAAGCGACGCUAAGGAUUUUGUUACUGUAAUUUUGAUUUUAAAUAAUAAUAAAAAAACAUCUCU